CGCCGCGCAUGCCCACUGCCUCGGCCUGGUAGGGGAAGGCAGGCGGGGAAGGAUGCUGAGGCCGGCGCUGCGGCUGCCAAACGGGAGCGAGGGGACCUGCGGCGGGCAGCCGUGGGAGCAGCGCCGCGGUCAUGCCCAGCUCCCCGUCGGCGCCGCCCGGGCCGGACCCAGAGGAGCACUACGACUUCCUCUUCAAGCUGGUGCUGAUCGGCGAUGCCAGCGUGGGCAAGACGUGCCUGGUGCAGCGCUUCAAGACCGGGGCCUUCUCUGAGCGCCAGGGCAACACCAUCGGCGUGGACUUCACCAUGAAGAGCCUGGAGAUCCAGGGCAAGCGGGUCAAGUUACAGAUCUGGGACACGGCUGGUCAAGAAAGGUUUCGGACUAUAACCCAGAGUUACUAUCGAAGCGCCAAUGGAGCUAUUCUAGCCUAUGACAUUAGUAAGAGAGGCUCUUUCCAAUCCAUUCCUCGCUGGAUCGAGGAUGUGAGGAAAUAUGCAGGCUCCAAUAUAGUACAGUUGCUGAUCGGUGAGUGUGGAAAGGUCUAUUUGGUAAGCCAGAAACAAAAAGAAUUAUGCCUAUGCAUUAGGACACAAUAGCAACUUCUGCAAAGGCAUUUCUUCGUUUCAAAAAAUAAAAACAUGUCUUCCUCAUUUUGGAUUGGGUUGAAUUACCGCAUAAUAAUUGAUGAAGCAGGAAAAAUUACUUUCAAGCUCCUCUACAGUUUACUUUGUUUUCUUCAGCCUUUUAUGGUUGUCUCAGUAUUCCAUGCUGUAAGGAUCCUUAUUUAACAGUAUAUUUUGAACAAGUCAAGCCACAAGUAAGCCUGUGUUUUCCUAUCUGUUGGGAUGUGUUCCACGCUUAUGCCAUGUUGUCCUAUAGGGUAUUAAGAUGUUGAAAAAAAUGCAUGAUAUUGGCAUUCAGAUUAUUCAGAAUGAGAUCCUCUUGGCUAGUAUGCAACCGAUAUCGGAUUCUUUAAAUUAAAUUUGAACUUUUUCAUCUGUUGGAUAUCUCUGUCCCUUCUGGGCAGGUUUCUGAUGUAACGACUGUCAGAAAGUGAACAAAUGUAAUAUAAAAAAUUCAUUGUCAUUACUUCCAGAGAUAACUAAAUACAAAAUAAGUAAUAUCCUGUUAAGACAGGAAUGUCUAGGUUAGAAGGGGUAUAAAGCUCAUUUCUUGAGCUUGAAGUAUUAUGUUGAAAUGCAGGGUUUGUCAACAUCAAAGUGGGAUAGAAUUAUAAAUCCAAUAUUCCCCAAAAAUUAAUGUUAUACUUUACAGUGGCUCAGAUUUAUCUAUUUAUUUAUUUUAUAUUUUCAUCUCUUUAACCUGCUAUUUUGUUAGUUUUGACUGCUACCUGUUUUUGUCAUCUCCAAGGCAGCGGUAGUUAUCUGAUCUCUAGGCUGAUUAUUUGCAUCACUUUUGAGGUCCUUCAACAGUUUUACCUAUC